AUGCUGGUCGUCAAGCUUCCAUUACUAGCUUACGAACUGGAAGGAUUUUAUUAUUUGUUUCUUUUCUUUCUUUCUUUCUUUCUUUCUUUCUUUCUUUCUUUCUUUCUUUCUUUCUUUCUUUCAGUUGAUUACAAUGAUUAUUAUACACGAGUUGUUUAUAUAAUCUCUGACAUAUCAGGUGUGUUAAGCAUCUUUGUUGAGGUAGCCAUGAUUGUAUUUAACGCCUUUCCGCUGGUCGUCAUUUUAAAAUGGCGACCACCUGAAAAACGCCUUGUGAUGGACGAACUGAUUGUAGCCCUUAGCAUCACAGAUAUUCUUUCCGUUGUGAUACCAACCCCCGUGGGACUGUUUUCUUACUUCAGUGACUCCUGGUACGGAGGCAAACCAGCCUGUGAGUUUUAUCAAGUAACCACCAUCUGGUUACAGCUUGUCGGAAUGUUUAUCAUUACAAGCUUGUGCAUAGACCGGUUACGAGCGCUUAACUCAAAUUUGAUACCAUUCCCAUCACCGGCGCCGGUCGCAAAACGUCAUCGUGUUCGGCUGGCCAUAUUUGGAAUUUAUGUUGUUUCCUUUGCUGUCUCGUCACUUCCGCUUAUGGACCUUGCACCGUCAGCCAUGCAGAACCACGGCCAAAUAUGUAAAGCUUGGAUUUCGACGCCGUCAAAUGGUCAGCAGGAGUCCGUGUUCUACGUUGUCUUUCUGGUGGUAGGUUACGGCAAUUUCUUGCUGGCGAGUGCAUAUCUAUCUAUCUAUCUAUCUAUCUAUCUAUCUAUCUAUCUAUCUAUCUAUCUAUCUGUAAUCUAUCUAUCUAUCUAUCUAUCUAUCUAUCUAUCUAAUCUAUCUAUCUAUCUAUCUAUCUAUCUAUCUAUCUAUCUAUCUGUGUGUGUGUGUAAGUGUCUCUCUCUCUCUCUCUCUCUCUCUCUCUCUCUCUCUCUGUCUGUGUGCGUAAAUGUGGAUAGUAUUUGCAUAUCUAUCUAUCUAUCUAUCUAUCUAUCUAUCUAUCUAUCUAUCUAUCUAUCUGUCUUUCUCGGCCUGUUUCAAUAUCUAUCUAUCUAUCACUAUCUGUCUAUCAAUUUCAGUGUUUUCAUUUCAGUAUUUUCAUAUGUAUCUAUCUCAGUAUUUUCAUAUCUAUCUAUCUAUCUAUCUAUCUAUCUAUCUAUCUAUCUAUCUAUCUAUCUAUCUAUCUAUCUAUCUCACUCUCUUCAUAUCUAUCUAUCUAUCUAUCUAUCUAUCUAUCUAUUUCAGUUAUUUUCAUAUCUAUCUAUCUAUCUAUCUAUCUAUCUAUCUAUCUAUCUAUUUCAGUUAUUUUCGUAUCUAUCUAUCUAUCUAUCUAUCUAUCUAUCUAUCUAUCUAUCUAUCAUCUAUCUUUAUCUAUCUACCUAUUUAUCUAUCUAUUUCAUAUUUUCGUAUCUAUCUAUCUAUCUAUCUAUCUAUCUAUCUAUCUAUCUAUCUAUUUCAGUGUUUUCAUUUCAGUAUUUUCAUAUAUAUUUCAGUAUUUUCGUAUCUAUCUAUCUAUCUAUCUAUCUAUCUAUUUAUCUAUCUAUUUCAGUGUUUUCAUUUCAGUGUUUUCAUUUCAGUAUUUUCAUAUAUAUCUCAGUAUUUUCGUAUCUAUCUAUCUAUCUAUCUAUCUAUCUAUCUAUCUAUCUAUCUAUCUAUUUCAGUGUUUUCAUUUCAGUGUUUUCAUUUCAGUAUUUUCAUAUAUAUCUCAGUAUUUUCGUAUCUAUCUAUCUAUCUAUCUAUCUAUCUAUCUAUCUAUCUAUCUAUCUAUCUAUCUAUCAUAUAUUCAUGCCUAUCUAUAUAGCUUUUAAUGUAAUUUCUGUCCAGUGUUACUUGCGCUUUUCCAUCGCUCAUAAUCUUAACUAUAUCAACCGAAAGUUAAAAGCUGCUAAGUUAUUUUGCAGACUACAAAGACUCCAAAAUUGUGUGUACGUAUAUCAUAUCACAUCUAUCUAUCUAUCUAUCUAUCUAUCUAUCUAUCUAUCUAUCUAUCUAUCUAUCUAUCUAUCUAUCGAUGACCUAUCUAUCUAUCUAUCUAUCUAUCUAUCUAUCUAUCUAUCUAUCUAUCUAUCUAUCGAUGACCAUAUCUAUCUAUCUAUCUAUCUAUCUAUCUAUCUAUCUAUCUAUCUCUCUAUGACCAUAUCUAUCUAUCUAUCUAUCUAUCUAUCUAUCUAUCUAUCUAUCUAUCUUUAUUAUUUCCUCGCUGUAUCAUGCGAUCUCUUUCUCUCUCUCUCUCUCUCUCUCUCUAUAUAUAUAUAUAUAUAUAUAUAUAUAUAUCACUGUUUUUACGUUUGUUUGUCUGUGCAUAUCAUAUGGUUUCUAUCUAUCUGUCUAUCUACAUCUGUGCCCAUAUGCAAUUUCUGUCUAUCUUACGUUGUUUCUAUCUAUCUCACGUCAUUUAUAUUUAUGAUGUGCUGUUUCUAUCUAUCUAUCUAUCUAUCUAUCUAUCUAUCUAUCUAUCUAUCUAUCUAUAAUAAACCAAACUCACUUUUUACAUCCGCCUGUCUCUCCAUAUCAUGCGGUUUCUCUUUCUUUCUUUCUCUCUUUCUUUCUCUCUUUUCACAUAUGUCUGUUCAUAUCAUGUGGUUUCUAUCUAUCUAUCUAUCUAUCUAUCUAUCUAUCUAUCUAUCUAUCUAUCUAUCUAUUGUCAUACAUAGUUUUGGAAUAUGCAUACCAUGA